AAAAAAUGAAUUGAAGUUGUCAAAAAAUUUCGAACACAUAAUAAUCUCUCUCAACGGGUAGGCAACUAUUCUACUUGUCCAGUAUACAUUUUGCGCUUCCUUUAAGCAAUAUCAAUUAAGUGUAAAUUAUCCAUUUUUACUAUAUUCUGAAAAUCUAAUUAUUUGGUUACAAGUAGUCAAUGACAAUCUAAUAAGCUUGAGAAAUGAUUACUUAACGAUAAGGAUAAAUUGAAGACAAGUAGUUAGUUUAUCUUGAUCUGCUAAAGUGGACAAGUAAAUAGAAAAAAUUAUUUUUCAUAUACUUGACAAGUAAAUAAGAAUGAAUAGAAUAAUAAAUAAUCAUUCCACCCAAAAAAUAUAAAAACCUUGGGAGUCGAAAGCGUAGAACUACAAAAAAUAUGGACUAAAUAGUUGCAUAAGAGGAAGGCUUGCCCAGGAUAAGAAUAUGGUCCAUGAUAAAAUGUGGAGGUAUUAGUUAGAAUUUAUUUUUUCAGGUUUCAUGCUAAUAUUGUACACAAUUUAUAGUAUAUUUUAAAUCUGUUGUAAUAGGUAAUCUGUCUUUUUUUGUUCAAUCAAUUAUUUUUUGUUGUUGUUGCAAUUAGCUUGUAUCAUGCUAUUUUGUUGUUUUAUUUUUCUUACUAUCCCGUGUUGGAUACAUUUUUUGAGCCGAGAGUCUAUCCAGAAACAAGCUCUCUACCCCUAAAGGCAAAGUACUCAGGUCAUUUCUAUAAAAAAGACUUACCAAUGAGACCUCAAAUUCUCCCAUUGGAUUGUAAAAUAUGGAACAAGACAAAUACAUGUCCAAGAACUUAUUCAACGUCCUAUAAACCCUUAAACCCUAACAACUCAACAUGCCCUGAGUAUUUUAGAUGGAUUUAUGAUGAUUUAAGGCACUGGAAAAACACAGGAAUUACUAGAGAAAUGUUGGAAAAAUCGAAGAAAUAUGCCCAUUUCAGAUUAAUAAUAUUGGAUGGGAGAAUUUACGUUGAGCGUUACGCGAAAUACUCUAUUCAAACUAGACAUUUGUUCACUAUGUAUGGGAUUGUACAACUCCUAAGGUUUUAUCCUGGGAAAUUGCCUAAUUUGGAGAUCAUGUUUGACACCGAUGACCGGCCGGUUAUCCCGGCUAAGGAUUUCCGGCAACCUGAUUCUGGCCCACCGCCAUUGUUCCGGUACUGUUCAGAUUGGCAGAGUAUGGAUAUUGUUUUUCCCGAUUGGUCAUUUUGGGGCUGGGCAGAGACAAAUAUAAGACCAUGGAGAAGUAUGAUAAAGAACAUAAAAGAAGGGAAUAAGAGAACCAGCUGGAAAGAUAGGAUACCCUUUGCUUAUUGGAGGGGAAAUCCUAAUGUUUCUCCAAUCAGAAAAGACCUUAUGAGGUGUAAUGUUACCAUCAAAGAAAAUUGGGAUACUCUCUUAUAUAUCCAGGAUUGGAAAGAUCAAUCCAACAAGGGGUACAAGGAAUCAAAUAUCGAAGACCAAUGCACCCACAGAUUUAAAAUAUAUGUAGAAGGAUGGGCAUGGUCAGUAAGUGAGAAGUACAUAUUUGCAUGCGACUCACCAACAUUAUACAUAACGCCUCACUACUAUGAUUUCUUCAUGAGAGGAAUGAUACCACAGAAACAUUACUGGCCCAUUAGAGACAAUGAUAAGUGCAAAUCUCUCAAAUUUGCUGUUCAAUGGGGAAACAAUCACACGGACAAGGCAGAGGCCAUAGGGAAGGCAGGGAGUGAAUUCAUUCAUGAAGACAUGAAGAUGGAACGUGUUUUUGAUUAUAUAUACCACCUGCUAAAUGAAUAUUCAAAGUUGCAAAAAUUUAAUCCAAUUGUUUCUCCAAAUGCAAUUGAAAUAUGUUCAGAAUCAUUGGCAUGUCCUUCAAAUGGUGUAUGGAGGAAAUUCAUGGAAGAAGCUUUAGAGAAAUCUCCUAGUCAUACUGAUCCAUGCAUCCUUCCACCACCUUAUAAACCUCAAGAACUUAAAGCAUUUGUUGAACAAAAAGUUAAGGCAACAAAGCAAGUGGAGGCAUGGGAGAAUGAUUAUUGGUCUAGUCUAAACAAGAAGCACUAGCUAGCUAGGGCCUUUUCUUGAUUUUCCUUUUCUAUUUGUAAGCUAAUGUACAAUGCCUUUUGUGCUCUUCACAUAACAUAUAUGAAUAGGUAAUCUCUACUUUAGUGUUCUUGUUUAUAAAUACUCUCUCUUCAAGAAUUUUCCUUUUUCCUCUUUAGGCAUUGGGUAUUCGAAACCUAUUGGUCGGAUAUAGGGGCGGCUCAAGAGAGCCGGUGGCCUAAAGCCGGAGUUUAAAAGGAGGCCUUAUAUUUAUUUAGUAAAAUUUUAAUAUAUUUUAUUUGUUAUUUA